UGUAACCCCGGAAAGUGUCGUCAAAGGGAGGGGGAAAUGGCUGCCCGGUUGCGGUUGCUAGGCAAUGACUGGCUGAGGGGUUUCCUGCGGGGGUUCAGGGCCAAGGGGCAGUUCUCUUACUAUGUGGGCAGAAGAACAUUGUUCGGCUUUCCCCGUUUUAACAGCCCCUCUGGUCUGUUACGGCAACAUAAUGAAUCUCGCCAGAGGCUUUGUACAUCAGUUUCCACGGCUGCUUCUGCCAAAUCUGCGGAGGAUGCAGCUCUCAAGUGGGGCCUGCUCCUAAUCCCUGUGACCAGCUUUUGCCUUGGCACAUGGCAGAUUCGGCGGAGGAAAUGGAAGUUGGAGCUGAUUGCUGACUUGGAAGGAAGAACUGCAAUGGAGCCAGUUCCACUGCCGUCAGACUUCCUGGCACUAAAGGAGUUGGAGUACAGACCAGUCAAAGUGCGAGGGUAUUUUGACCACACCAAGGAACUGUUCCUCAUGCCACGCUCGCUGGUGGCAUCAGAGAAAAAGAACGAGCCUGGGAACGCUGGCUCGCUGAUCUCGAGACCGGAGAGCGGUGCCAAUGUCAUCACGCCCUUCCACUGCACGGACCUUGGAAUCACAAUUCUUGUCAACAGAGGGUUUGUUUCCAGAAAGAAAGUAAAACCAGAGACAAGGUUGAAAGGACAGAUCCAAGAGGAAAUUGAACUCACUGGGGUGGUGAGGCUGUCGGAAACGCGUGCGCCCUUUGUGCCGGAGAACAAUGUCGAAAUGAAUCGGUGGCACUACCGGGACUUGGAUGCCAUGGCGAGAGCAACAGACGCAGAGCCCAUUUUUAUUGACGCGGACCAGAGGAGCACAGUUCCAGGGGGGCCCAUUGGGGGCCAGACACGUGUGACCUUACCCAACAAUCAUACGCAGUAUAUCAUUACUUGGUAUGGCUUGUGCCUGGCCACUUCUUACAUGUGGUAUCAGAAGUUCAUUCGGAAGGUGCCCCUCUAAGCCUUACAGCUCCAUUCUACAGAACUCACAGAAGGCUGCAACAGCGGCUCGUCAGUGGAAUCCGACUGGCCUUCAUGCUGCACUUCCAUGAUCUGAACCAAGGGCUCUGGAUCUGUGUUCUGCUUGAAGUCAGCUCAGGGGACUUCUGGUAACUGGCUUGAAACAGCAUUUUAACUGCAUUAAGUCUGCCAAAUUAGGGGUGAAAAAUGGGCCUUUAAAUGUUAUAAUGAAAAAUCAUGUACGGAAAUUGCUAAUUUGGAGGGCAAAGGGUUGGUAGAGGUAGUGCAGCAUGUUUGACCCAAAAAUACAAAAGUGUGUUUCUUGAAAUACUGGGUGUUUGUGGUAGAAAAUCAUGAUACCUUUGCAAGGUUUUCUCCUUAGUAAUUAAAUUGACUGGACCUAUUCCA